AAUAUACAUACCCACAUGCUGCUAGCAACUGAGUCGACUCACACGGAGACAUAUACAUGUAUAUCUAAAUAAUGAAAUAAAAGAUUUGUCCAACUAAUGUGUAGCUAAGAUUAUAUAUUCGAAAUUUUAAAACAUUAUAAUUUAUAGAUGAAAAACAUAAGAAAUACACAACUACUAUUUACUAGCAAUGAGGAAUAACAGAUAUUAACUUCAGAAUGUCGAACUACCAACAGAAAAGAAUGCUACGUAUGAUUGUGACUGUACUUCUUGCUUCAGAAGUUACCGUGACGUUUUCUGGUAGUUUAUCAAUCCAAUCCACCAUGUUGCAACAUGGUACCACCCAGGAUAUAGUUCGCGCCAAAAGGUUUCUACAAAAUGAUGUUGUCAAAAUGAUAAAUGAAGAUGGCGACGAGUACGUUGACCUGAAAAUAAAAUUUCAAAAAGCGAUCUUCGACACGAUGACGAAACAUUUAAAAAAUGUUACAAUUACAAACGUUACGAUACAAAGAUUAGUACCGAUUGGAAUUCAAAGUUUCUUCUCCGUGGAACUACAAACAGACGUGAAAAAUCUCACACUAAUAUUUGAUGUCAUCAACAAAUUUUUUAGCGGAAUAGGAAUUGUUCAGACAAAGGAUGAACUAUUUUUUAGUGAAGUGCUUCCAAGUAAAAUGGCCUUCAAAACCGAUACAGAGUGCCAUGGAAAUGACGUCACAACAUGUGAAUGUUUUCAAAUCUUUGAUGCAAAUUUUAACUGUUCGUAUUUACCACUCACAAAACCACCAAUCACUACAUCAGUGGUAAAAACUACAUCUACAAUAAUUACCACAUCGACAACUUUACCACCACAUGCAACAUCAAUAACAAGUGAGGAUGACGACGAUAACGAUUACUACGUGUACAUCGUCAUUGCUGUGUUACUUGGUAUAGCUUUAUUUCUUUGUUAUCUCUUUCUACUAUGCUUCUACCGAAGGAAACAAACAGAGUAUCAAAAGUACCCGGUGCGAAAGGAAAGCAAAAAACAAAAAAUAAAAACAAGUGCGAAGGAGGGCCGAGAUAAAACCGAAGAGGUAGAGCGUAGCCUAACUACGUUUGUUCCCUUUGAUCAUGCAUUCAAUGGAAUUAAUACAGUACGUCGUGAUCGUUUGAAUCAUCUUGCUUUAUCUCCUACCCAAUCAAUGCAAUCAUUAAGUUUGGAUGAAAAGGAUCAUUAUCAGAUACCAGAGUAUGAUGAUGAUCAGGGUAUUCCAGGUAUAACUCACGGGUCUGGAGUUGUUAAUCCGGUCUUUUUCAGCAGUAGUGAGGAAUUUAGUAUACAUUAUGGUAAAGAAUCACCACAAAAAAAGUUAGAAAAAGGUAGCAUAACUGUUUCAAAUCCGUAUGAGUAUUCAUAUGACAUUAAAACGCGAGAAAAGGAGUCCCCUGACUUUUCGAUAUUGCCCACUAAAGACGUCAUCGACGGAUCUGAAAUGAUUGUAGAACCUGGUUUUACACCGGAGGAUCGAAAACAAACAUUUUCACCGAUUUUUGAAAGCAGUGAGGACUAUCUUGAGUUGCUUAAUGACGACUUAUCGGGCAAAGACAAUACGGCGCAUGAUGAAGUAGAUGACGUCAUACCCGAGAGUGAUGUUGUGCUUAAAGUUGAUACGCACUUAGAAAAUGAAAUUUUAUUUGAUUUAGAAUCGGAAGAAAUUGAGGAAAAUGACAAUUAUUUUGUACCUCCUCUAGUUCCAGUCCCAAAUUUGGAAGAAGAAAGGGACAGGCCUUCGUUCACAUAUCCGGAAGAAAUUGACGAGCCUAAAAACAACGUAAGAAAUGUUGCUUUGGUUGUCGAGGUAUUAAGCAUCCAAGAAACUACUGUGUCUCCGGAUGAAAAAAAUGACCAGCAUCUAGCGGAAAAAAGUAACACCCUAACGUUAAAGGAGUUGGAUACUGGUCCAAAUGAUGCAGACCUUGUAAUAAGUAACUCUGUAUCAGGGUUAAUAGACAAGUUCGCGCAUGAAGAUGUUCGCGAAAUAAAUAAUAAGGAACACGCAAUAGUUAAAGAAAUUCAAACCUUAGAAUCUGAUGUGGAAAGUAAUAGCGUGGACGGAAAAGACGAAAAGAAUGGCGACGCAAGGAGGCCUAUACCGAGACCAAGAAUUAUGUCUGUUGAACAACAUUCUGAUGCUACGACCGAGCAGAAAAAAGAACGACCGGUGCCGGCUAAGAGAAUUCCUUCGUUCAAAUAUGUCUAAGUAUUAAAGAGUGUAUUAAAAUAGUUUGCUAUUUUCUACUUCUGAAAAACCCCUGAGGAAAUGAAACAUGGAAUCACUCGUAUUUGCAAAUAAUACCGCGAUGCACGCACAGCAAAACGUUGACUUCUAUUGGUUUAAGAACGAUUGAAAAGAUUUGUUUAGCCAAUCAGGUUCUCCAGAAGACAGUACUGUUAUAUUUUUUUCAGUUUGUUUUCAUAUUUCGCGGUUACACUGCUUAUGUUUUAAUUUACCCUGGUUCACACACAGAACAUUUUUUUCCAAACAUGACUUACAAAUAUAUAUUUAGGACAAAAAGCAAGAACAUUUUUGAAAAUAUAUAUAGUUUUAUAUCUUUUGCAUGGAGUGUAUAUAUGUGAAAAGAAACAAUCAUUGUUGUUUCAAAGUCUACACAUCUUUUUUGUGAGCCCUUGGAACGAGGUUGUAAUCUUUUUUCAAUUUCUUAGAAGAUUGAAAAUUGAAGCGUUUG